AUGGAGACAACAUUGAAGGCCCAGCUGGCUCUUCUUGACCCAAGGGCCUUGAAAAAUGGCAUCUUUGCUAUCAAAAAGGGUUAUCAGAUCAAAUUGAACACUUUCUCCCAGACCCAUGUCUCCAACAACAGCAAUUCAAAGGGCUCCCUGAUUCUUGUCACGGGAGCCAAUGGGUACAUUGCUUCUAAUAUUGUCGAUCUCUUAUUAGAGCUAGGCUACCGAGUCCGCGGGACCGUUCGCGAGCACAAGCCGUGGCUGACUGAACUCUUUGAGAAAAGACAUGGCAAGGGCUGCUUCGAGACGGUUGUCACAGCUAACAUGGAGGAGCCAGGAGCAUUUGACGACGCGAUGCAAGACACUGCCGGGGUCAUCCACGUCGUAGCUUCCAUUGUCUUUAUGAAUCCGGACCCUAGCGCUGUUAUUCCAAAUGUAGUGAGGGGGACGGAAAGCAUACUCACAAGUGCAUCGAAGCACGCAGCGAUAAAAAGAUUCGUCUUGACUUCGUCUUCAACCGCGGCUCUCAUCCCGAAACCCAACGAGAAAUGUACCGUUACAGAGGGUAUGUAUUUCGCUGUUGCCAUCGCGUCACAAGAGCCCGUUGAUCCCAACCUACAGUUAGAUACGUGGAACGAUGACGCGGUCAAGGCUGCGUGGAGCGAGAGCACGCCGGCCGCGCACAAGCCCUACGUGGUCUACGCCGCGUCAAAGACGGAGGGUGAGCGAGCUGCGUGGAACUGGAUGAGAGAAAAUAAGCCGCAUUUCGUCAUGAACGCGGUUUUGCCCAACGUCAACUAUGGGCGUGUUCUUUCGCCCCAAAUGACAGCGUCGACGAUGGGCCUCGCACGGAGGCUCCUGCAAGGGGACAAGACGGCUUUGCAUCUCUUGCCACCGCAAUGGUACGUGGACGUGCAGGAUACGGCCCGUCUUCACGUCAUUGGGCUUCUCGAUCCAGCGGUGAGAGACGAGCGCUUAUUUGCGUUUGCGGGCCCUUAUAACUGGACAGACGUUAUUCAAGUAUUCCGUAGACUUCGUCCACAGAGCAAACUCCCCCCGGCCCCGGAAAAUGAGGGCCGCGACUUGAGUGAUGUGAAGCCCGCCAAGAGGGCUGAGCAACUACUCAUGGAUUUUUUUGGGUUGCCAGGCUGGACAAGUCUGGAAGAUAGUCUCGCCGACGGUAUUGACGGCGUUGGUGAGUCGGAUGCUCCGGGUCCGUGA